UGCAAUAUUGACAGGUUUUUUUAACACGAAUACAAGGCAAGGGGCAUGAAUAAUGCAUCAUGUUGUUGCUUUGGUCUUAUCAAUAAGGAUUGGCUGAGAUUUGUUCCUUUUCCUUUUGGUUAAUGCAUUUUGGACCGCCGUUAAAUGGGGCUCAUGCUAUGUUACCCAUGUAUGAUUUUGGUAAAUACGAACUUGUGCUACUGGUUGUCGGAUGCACGACCUCCCUUGUGGUCACGUGGCUCAUCGUAGAUUUCUACUUGUACCAUCGAGCAAGACGGAUCAAAAGAGAAGAAAAUGACCACAUGCACAUUCACUCCAGAAAAAUGGGAAUGCAUCUGACCGUUCCGUUUGUAACCGAACAAUCAAAGACCACUGCCUCUGAUGUGGUUUCAGGUUCAAAGCUGAAUAGACAAACGAGUAUCAGACGAUUACUGAAUUUCUUCAGUAAAAAAAAGUCAAACGAGGACCUUAACAUGAGAUCGAAAAGCCUUGACGAUGAAGAAACCAACCAUAAGAGGACUUUGUGGACAAGAGCGAGGCGCCUGACUGAAAUGUUUUCAAAUAAAGUAUCAAAUUCAAACAAUGAGACGGAUUCCAUAACAUCGGCAGAUAAAGUGCAAUCUGGCUUGGAGCAGCUGGAUCGGACUCGGGUGUCUGACAAGGAAAAUUCCGGAGGAAGUUCCGACAGUGGGCGUUUCUCAGCGGACCGUAAGGGGGCCGAGUCGAAAUUUGGGACGGAUGUAGAUGAAAUGGAUGUGACAGGAAGGUCGUAUAAUUUUGGAUUUAGUGAUUUGGAUGAAGAAGGCAUGAGGAAACCUCAGUCAAGGAAAGCAAGAAAGAGCAAAGAGGGAAAACCCACUAAGAAUUUGGCUCUCUUGCAGUUUCGAUAUUAUUGAAGAGAUAUAAAAUCAUAUAAGUGUACCUCAGGCAAAGCAUACAACAACUAUGUAAAAAACUAUCGUUUUUGUAGAUUCUUAUCAUAGUUUGUUCUUGUUAUAUGCUCUAAUGACAAAAUAACUUAUUCAACAUCUCAAUUUGAUCAUUAAUACAAAUCGAUGUGAAAUAUACAUGAUCAAUGAGUAUUCAAGAUAAAGAAUAAGGUUUUACAUAAUUACUCCCAAUAUAUAUUUUUGUAGUUGUGACAGAUAUUGCUUUGGUACAAAAAAGAUCAAUUAGUUUCA